AUGACGGAGGACCUCGCCCCUGAAUCCUCCUCCGCCUCGCGGCAAAAGAGCUGCCACGCCUGUGUAAAAGGUAAACGAGGCUGCGACAAGCGGCAUCCGGUCUGCUCAAGAUGCGAGGAGAAAAAGAUUCAAUGUAUCUAUGCCAAGCGGACACACGCCGAAGCUUUCUAUGACUUCGAUUCGGUGGACUUGGACAUGUCCUGGGCAGGACUCACUACUCUGUCGCCUGCGAUUGAUUUUGUCGACGAUAUCCCGCCGAGCCUCGCCACUUCGGCCAGUCUGGAUCCCACCAGCCCUCCGACCCUCGAUGCAUUCAUUGACCCGUUCCUAACAUUUGUAGAGAACCAAGCUAUACCAUCGAGCGACUUGCAGCUCAUCAGCAAUGCCAGCGAGCCGCUCGAUCAACAACAGGAGAAAGAACAGGCACUCAACAAGUUUGACUAUACUCCAAUGGCUGACCUAUGCAUCCAAUAUGAGCCAUGGCAGGUCUAUGACCCUAACACCAAGGUGCAUUUCAUCGUACAAACCAUAAAAGGCUACCCCAUCACUUUCGCCAAGGAUAACAGCACGCCCUGGAUGCAUAGGCAUUUAUAUAAAGACCAAAUGCCGUCCUCAAUCCGGUCCUGCUUCACUGUUAGUACACUUUGUAGCAACAUGACUAGCAGCAACAAGACUUCAGUAUUCAGAGUUCUCUGCCAAAGUCUGAACGAGCUGAAGCAACAACAGUUGGCAAACACUCCCCAAGAGAAGCUGGCACGGACCCAAGCGCUAUUCCUAUAUCAGAUAAUCGGCCUGUUUGAUGGAGAUGUUACUCUAAGAUCCAAUGCCGAUCGGAAUAUGCCGUUAUUGCAGGACUGGCUAGAUGAACUGUGCAAGAUCAGAGAGAACCUUAGGACGCCAGAGAGUAUGAACGAUCUGAAUCCUCCAAGGUCGUGGGAGGUAGGUACUUUAACCUUCCCUCCCAUUCCACUCACUAACGACCCAAGUGGUGGAUAUUUUCUGAGUCUGUCCGGCGAACCAUCGUUAUAG